AUGACACUUCCCAGUCUUCCGGAAAGACCGGAGAUUUCACAGCAGCCGAUGAUUGUUGACCCAGACAAGUUGGAGUACUCUCUAGUUCCACCAGAUGUCGCAGAAUCUUAUAAGCAGUUUGAAGUCUCGGUAUCGCCUUAUUUCAAAGAGCUACCAAACAACAAGCUUGACGAAUUGUAUAAGGACAAAUCUUUGAUGGAUGGAUAUUUGUUGGAAAAGUAUGGAGACCAAUACACGAUGUUUAGAGAUACGAUUGUUAGCGAUUUGAAGAAGCAAUUAGUAUACUGCCAGAAACAGUCUGAGAAAUAUGAAAAAGAAACGGUUCCACAAAUUGAUAGGAUCAACAAGGCAUUAGAGAACUACCAUACUCUAUUGGACAGGUUCAAUAGUUCACAAGUAGAAAUGUAUGAUAAAAUGAACAAGUCAUCGAAAAAGAGUAUGAUGGAGAUGAUGGAGGCCGAUUUACGCGAAGCAGAUGAUCAAUGUAAGCAGACUGUGGACGAGAUCAUGGGGAUUCCAGGAGAAGUGGCGGAGGAAGAACUUGGCAAGUUCAUACAAAAAUACAAGUUAAUAAGGCAGAAGUAUUAUCUCAAAAAGGAGAAGUUGAGCCGAAUGUCUGAGGAAAGAGUUGGCGAAAUAGUAUAG